CACAGAUCUUUUGCCAAACAUCAUAAUAAGGUAAGCGUCAUGGCGGCAAUGAAAGAAGUGGUGUCAUUGUAUCAGCAACUGAAAACAGAAUGGAACAAGAAACCACCGAACCUGAACAAAUGUGGAGAACUUUUAACGAAAUUAAAGGUUGGCCUUACACAUUUAAUGUUCUUGCCAACUUCCAACUCGACUGCUUCACAGCAAGAGCUGUUACUUGCAAGAGACAUUCUGGAGAUCGGUGCUCAGUGGAGCAUUGCUAUGAAAGAUAUACCCUCAUUUGAGAGAUAUAUGGCACAACUGAAAUGUUACUAUUUGGAUUACAGGGACCAGCUUCCAGAAUCUGCAUACAAGUACCAACUUUUGGGACUGAAUCUGCUGUCCCUACUAUCUCAGAACAGGGUGGCAGAGUUUCACACAGAGUUGGAGCUGUUGCCUGCUGAUCAGAUCCAGACCAAUGUCUACAUCCGCCAUCCACUUUCUCUUGAGCAGUACCUGAUGGAAGGCUCCUAUAACAAGAUCUUCCUGGCAAAAGGCAACGUUCCAGCAGAAAAUUAUAAUUUUUUUAUUGACAUUCUGCUGGACACAAUUAGAAAUGAAAUAGCAACUUGCUUGGAGAAGUCCUACGAAAAGAUAUCUGUUCAAGAAGCAGCGAGAAUGCUGAACAUGGCGAGUCUUGCUGCCAUGAAGAAAUACGGAGAAAAGAAGAAUUGGACUCUUAAUCCAGAUAAUUACUACUACUUUGGUACUGAGGAGAAGAAGAGUGAAGACCCUCUUCCAUCAAUAGAACUUUCAGAACAAGUGAUAGAUUAUGCAAGGGAACUUGAAAUGAUUGUAUGAGUGAACAAAUUUUUGUGGAAAAUUAAAGCUUUAUUUAAUUUUACUCAUCUGUUGAAAACUUUUGUAAAUAACAAAUGAAAAAAAGUAAAAAGUUUAAUAGUCA